AUGCCACACACACGUACCGAAUUUGAGGGGCACCGCAGGGAAUCGCCAUCUGCCACAGUGCCUGGGAAAAGGAGCCAUACUUUGUUGCCGGUGGAGUCUCACGCAUCGUUUUUCUUGGCCGGAAAUACGACAAGAGGACAACAUCAAGAACAGCACAGAGGACAAGGCCGGCCACAUCUGGGGAAUGAUUUCAGAGGUUUCUGUACAGAGACUAUUGCAGAGGUUUUCAAGGUGGGCAAGGAGACUGCAAGGAAGCUUCAGGGGCAAAACAAUGAGAGGGGCCAUAUUGUGACGGGUGAUGAGGGACUUCAGGUGAUUAGGCCGCCGUCGGAGUACAACCGCCGUGACAGGGAGGAGGAGAAGGAGAGGUACUAUGGUGGCCUGAAGAGAGUGUGA